AUGUUUUCCGUUGUCUUACCUAGCCGGCCGUGCCUCACGAAUCCCACCCCCAUCCAAGCAGAUCCUAGUUCCCCCGCGACAAAUUUCGUAUUUACCUUCCCCGCAUGGCCCAAGUUCUCGCACAUUGUCGUCUUUCUUCUCCCCGGCAUCACACUUCCCGCCGACGCAGCAGCAGCUGUAUAUAUCCAAUUCUCCACAGAAGCGAAUCCAAACCCCAAUCCACAGGAUUUCCGCUUUCUCGGCGCAAUUGCCAACGAAAAACCUUCUGCGAUAUUCAAAGUCAAUGACCCCGUUCGCCAACGCACGGAAGCCGAAGAGGAAGAUGAAAUGCUUGACGCGGGAUCUCCACCAUCACCCAAUAUCAAUAUGACCGUUACCCUAGGCAUAUCCAUUGAACCGGCACAGACCGUGGCUUCCAAACUAGCUACAUUGAAGGCUCAAUCGGCAUCUACAGAGCUUGUCAGGAGGGGUGAUAUGUUUCAGAGACCGAAUAUACCAACGAAGCUGCUUGCUCAAAGGAUAAUUGGGAACGCUUUCAAUUUCCUUUCAAGCUUUGCGACGUCAGACGGGCGGGAAGAGAUGGUGCCGUUGAAGAGCUUCAGGGACUGGUGGUCGAAAUUUGAGAGGAGAAUAGAGUCCGAUCCGGGCUUUUUGGAAAGAGAAGGGAGUGUGUGA